AUGUCUGUCACAGCCGUCCUGCCCAUAGUAGCUACAGUGUUAUACGUAGGUGGACGAGUUCGUGACCGAAUCCAAAGAAGAAACAGAGAGAAGCGCACACGUGAGGAAGCGAAAUAUUACCACUCUGAUGUUAGCCUGACAGAGUCGAGCGAGGAUGCAUCGGACGACGAGACAUAUCGCGGCCGUCUUCCUCCUCUGCUACCGACUGCGCCUCAGGUUCCACUCUACACUCCGCUGCAGUACCCACCGAGGAAUUACGGCCCCUCUAAUCAAGGAUUCGGGCAAGAAACCUACAACUACGAAGGCUGGUAUAACAUGGCCCAUCCCCGGUCACGACGCUACUCGGAAGAUGUAAAUCCUCGCCAGCGUUAUGCUCCAAGCAGCUAUGACGGUCCAAGCCACAGCAACGGCAGCACUACCAGAGAUGUCCUCAAGGCCAUUCAGCCUCGGGACUCGAGUAGCACCAUCUCUCGAUCUGACCAUCUACAAGAUGUGCCUCUAUAUCCCUACUCCCAACUACAAGGCGUACACACGAUCAGGCUCAUUGAAUUGCAUCCGGCGAAGAAUCAAAACGAUGAUCUGCAUUGCAGCUUCUACCAAGCUGAUCUCGUCGACAACAACCGUAUCCCACUGUCUUACGAAGCAUUGUCCUAUGCGUGGGGCAAACCGGAUUUACCGAAUGUCAUGUGGUGUGACGACACUCCUUCUUUCCGUCGAGGCUCGAGAAGCCCGUCCGAAAGGCGAGAUCUGUGGCACUUGAGAAUCACCGAUAGCCUAUAUGCUGCUUUGAGAGCCUAUCGCUCGACGACGAAGGAGAUCGUGUUCUGGGUUGACGCCAUAUGCAUCAAUCAAGCCGACAGCAGAGAGAAGAUGCAUCAAGUCAAGCAAAUGAAACGUAUCUAUCAAGAGGCUACCCGAGUUCAAGUUUGGCUUGGAGAUGAAGGGCAAGGCGGUGGGCAGACUCUUCAAUGGCUUCAAGAAUUGGGUCAAUGGCGUCAGCAAUUCUACCCCUUCACCACUAUGAAGAUGGGAAGAGAUGUUCAUCAGACAAUGGCGGAGGCUAUGCAACCCAGCUUACCAACACUCCAGCACUUCCUGACGCGUUCCUGGUUCCGGCGACGGUGGGUGAUACAAGAAGUCACGACAUCUCGGGCAGCUAUCCUCUCGUGUGGUCCAUACCACUGCGACUGGGACGACUUCGCUGAAGCUAUCAAAUUUAUUUACGACGUCGACUCGCGAAUAACCCUGUUUCGAGGAACCGUACUAGGUGUUUUACAAGGACUGCGAUUGAUGGACUUGAUGAAGAGCUGCCCCGAACUUACGCAAGGAUUUGGUCUGCUCGAUUCGAUGAACCUAUUCCACGCAGCGGACACAGCCAGAGCACAGGACCGUAUCCUCGCGCUCCUCAGCUUCGCCGAGAACGCAGAGUCCUAUGUCGACUUCGGGCAGGACUACUACACUCAGUCGCCUGAGGCGUUCUACACGAAGUUCGCACGCAACGCACUCGAGCGAACGCAAACUCUCGACAUACUGCACCUCGCUGGCACGUUCCGUCCUCUAGACUCUGCGUCGUGGGUUCCGGAUUGGCGCAGCUCUCCUCGCUACAAGCCUUUCCUCAACAUCCGCAAAUACUCAGCUGGGAUAGGAGGCCCGCAGGACUCGCUGACGCCUCCUACACCGAUUAUCUUCAGCUCCGGCACCAAUCGCCUCGUAAUUGAAGGUUUCAUUUUCGACACCAUCGCGGACUGCAGCGACUCAAUCAGCAAAAUGCCCAGCUUCGAUGACAUUUGUAGCAUGAUACCACAGUACCGGGCCGUAGCGAGGUACGUCGUCGACGACGAUGAAGAUGCCAGAACGAAAUUAGCAACUACGCUGAUUGCAGACCAAGCGCACUCAGAGCGCUUCCCAUGGCUACCAACACCGAGGGAGACGGAAGAAAGAUCAUCGCAGGCAAGGUUGAAGCAGAUGCUGGAGAUUGGAUUUGUGCAGCUCUGUCGCACGGCCGCGUCUUCAGGCGUUAUAUCGCCUGCAUUGACAUCGCCUACGCUCCCGAGCCACUCUCCAGGUGCUGAUGCACCUCGGACCAACGAGUAUGCCCAACGGUAUGCAGCCCUCGUCAGCGUGACAAUGAGCGGACGAUGUCUUUUCCGCACUGUGAGCGGUCACAUCGGCAUUGGUCCCGAGGAUCUCAGAAACGGCGACCGUAUCGUUGUGUUUGUUGGUGCAAGAACCCCCUUUGUGAUCCGACCCGGACGCGGAAGGGAGGGGUUUGAAGUUGUAGGGGACUGCUACGUGCAUGGCAUCAUGGAGGGCGAGGCUCUCGGGAGGGAUGAGUGGGAUCAGUUCGUCAUUGCUUGA